CAGGAGGUCAUACCAAAGGGGUGGGGAACAGUAGCCUUUGGAAUAUAUAGGGGGGGCAAAAGAAGAAGAAGGAAGAAAGGGCCAUGACUUGGAGUGUAAUGCAGCAGUUUGUUAGAGAUCUCUCAGGGAUGGUAACAACAGAUUUUGUGCUAUUAUAAAAUAAGAUAAAGGCUGUCCCGGUUACACGAGGGGAAAAAAUGCCAAGAAAUGUGUUAAAAAAACAACAAAGAACACAAUUUUCAUUGGAGUGGGUUUUUAACAACAACAUGUAAAAAGGUUUUGUACAAAAACAAUCUGCUUUUUUACCCACCUACAGGGAUCACUAUAGGAACUGCAACCCUUUGGAAAUUCAAGGGUGGGGGUUUGGCUAAUCCGAUGCUGAACAACAGAGCUAUUUCAAAAUGAGGCCAGAAGGUAACAGUUAUAUAACAAAAACAGAUUAAAGCCAUAAGAGGUCACAAGUAGCUUUAUUAGAGUCCUGCUGUCUGCACUGAGACUUAAACAUAUUAACAAACAAAGAUAUGAGCAGAGAAGUCCUCAUUGAUCGUUGAGAUCCCUGAGGGAAAUACCUGGAUCAAUGCAGUCAGUUCUGCUCCAGACUGGACUUCAACUCCACACGAGGCAAACGUUUCCACCUGUGGGACUGGGAACUGUGAUUAAUGAUGUGAGCAGAGAACAGGGAGGCCCUGUGGGCAAACUUCAGCACUGGGCCCGAGCUUUUCUAUAUUGGAUCCCUCAGGCAGAACUCUUCAGCACCGUUUCAUUGUGAGGCCACAUGCGGCAGCACACAGACAAACCAACACACGCCUGCAAUGUGCCAUGUCCCCACAUUUACCACAUUCCAAAUCCUCAUGGUUUGGAUGAUCGCUCACAGCAACGAAAACAAGAACACGUCUGGUUAGAGCAUCCAAAACAGUGUUUGAUAAACACACCGAGAUGCUGCUGUUUUCUAGAAAUGCCGUGUCUGGACUUGACAAAUAAAUGACUGUCCAAUUAGUAACGUGCUGAAAAUCUACUCUUACAAAGAGGUCAAUGAAUAAUAAACGCAGUUUACGGCUGUCCUCGUCUGUCCACACCAGGUAACACCGAGCUGAUGGGAGUUAUUAAUUCUUGUACAUUUAAGGCUUGGGGCUAGCUUCAGGACCGCUCUGUGUGCGUGAACACGUUUGAGCCUUCACCAGUCUGGGGGCCAAAUGCAAUGCAAGAGCGUGCAGCCUUGACUGGUGGGUGUCAGUGGCGCUGCGGGUGUUGUAAUGGAUGAGGCCAGCGUGGAAGUCCCCAGUGAUUGCUUCCAGGGGUAUAAAUCCAGCUUUUUUGGGCCCCGAAACACUUAGAGAGCACAUUUUCCAUUGUGCCAGCACAGAAUGAAGAGUAAACUGUCCAUUUUAUGUUCAUCUUCAGGUCAUUAAAACAAUCUACUUUUAAAGUGAACCAAAAAAAUUGAAGGCAACUCCUGAUAAGAUGAACGGUUUUGCACUGUCAAAGAGCUGUGAACUAUCUCUGCCCUGCUGCACAGACGGGGGACGAUUGUUGAGCACCAAGGCCCCCCAAGUCAGUGAGGUCAGAGUGCAGCUGGAGAUGCAGGCGCUUUGGCAGCAGUUUGACCAACUGGGAACAGAGAUGAUUGUUACUAAGUCUGGAAGGCGGAUGUUCCCAACUUUCCAAGUGCGAAUCUCUGGGAUGGAUCCUUCUGCUGAAUAUGUUUUGCUCAUGGAUUUUAUCCCAGUUGACGACAAAAGAUACAGGUACUCGUUCCACAGCUCCUCCUGGUUGGUGGCAGGGAGGGCAGAUGUUGCAGCCCCGAGCCGCAUGCAUUUCCAUCCAGACUCGCCUGCGCCUGGAGCCCAGUGGAUGAAACAAACAGUGUCCUUUGACACUCUCAAGCUCACAAACAACCUGCUGGAUGACAAUGGACAUAUGAUUCUGAACUCCAUGCAUCGCUACCAGCCACGCUUCCAUGUGGUGUAUGUGGAUCCAACACCCAACAGCCACCUGAACGCACACAAGAACUUCUGCUCUUUCUUCUUCUCUGAGACGCGAUUCAUGGCUGUCACGGCUUAUCAGAACCACAGGAUCACUCAGCUGAAAAUUGCAAGCAACCCGUUUGCUAAAGGUUUCAGGACCACAGACUCAAACACUUGGGAAGGCAGUGCAAGCCCCUUUUCAGCAUACUGUCCACCAGAGGGCAGAGUGGAGUCACCCACCAUCAAAUCUUGCUGCGUCUCAAAGACCUUAUCUGAUGCAGGACAGAAGGGCCCGGCUCCACUGCAGGCUGAGAAGUGUGGCCUGCUCCAGCUAGAGAAAGACUCAGGAGGAGAAAGCUUGGAGAGAGAAGGGAGUGUGUCCUUAUCCCUGGCCUCAUUCUUCAAUAUCCCCUCGUACCUCGAACAUGCAGCGGCGUCUCAGGAGAGAGCUUACAUGUCAUAAGAUGACCAAGCAAACGUGUAUUCAACUUCACUGUGGGAUUCUUCAUUUAUUUCAUGCAGUUUUACAAUAUAUCAACAAGAAAUAUGACUUACAGUAUGGAUCAUACAAAAUAGAAACCACACCACUACUGCAACACUGUGGUCCAUGCCACAGUGGACUGGACUAAAAAGAUAUGGCUUUGAGGCAUAUGUAAUCAAAAGCACUGUGGAUUCUAUUAGGAGCACUACAGAUAAGUGUGAAAACAAAAAAUGCAACAACCAUGGUAGUAAAAAAAAUCCCUGAACUAAGUCUGAACCAUCCACAGCACUGACACAGUCUGUCAGUUUGUUUCUGUUGUCAGUCUUUUGUUUUUUGUGCAGGUUGGCUGUGGCUCCUGGAGGGCUCCGCCCCCUCACCUGUCUGUACCUGGGAGUGCUGCACAGCUGCCCACACUUUAGUUGAUUUGUUGUGUUCUGUUGAAGCUUCUCUGUUUCUGUGCUCUGUGUAACAGUGUGUUUUCAGUGUGGUACGUUUGUGCUGAGGGACUGAGUAGUUUAUUCUGCUUCUCGAGUUUUCGGCCCCCUUGGACCGGUGCUUUUUGUUGAAUUCCUCUCCCCGCUCCACUUUGCCUCUUCAUUCCUACAUUUGGGCUGUUCUGAUACCCCUUAUAAUCACAGGGAUAUUUUAAAUGUUUAAAAAGUGUUCAUAUAUUGUUUAGAGAUGUGUAUUUGUUGUUGACCUGUAAUGUGAAACCAUUUGUAUUAAAUUUUAAAAUCUCAAGUUGAGGGUUUAAGGUAUAAACCAAUACCUAUAAAGGUAUUCUAGGAAAAAGAAUCUUUGGUCUGCUCCAUGAUUAACCUUCUGACAAUCAAGGGUCAUUUCAGAUUGUUUACAACUGCAGGAUCUUUUUAGCUUUUAGCCUGCUGUUUUUGGAAAGACGUCAUCAAAGAAAAUCUGAAGGUGACACUUGUUUAUGUUUUUAUGUGACAUUUUUUUCUCUAAGAGCAUAAAUAAUAAAAUAUAAUUAGGAAGUUUAAAAAUCUG